CCUAAUUGUUGUGAUAAACUUAUUAAAUAGAUAACCUUUAGUGUAUCGUCACGUUCAUUUCUGCAGAAAUAAUGGCAACUUAUAAGGCAGCAGAAUCGAAGAGGGAGGAGUUCAGAAGGUACCUGGAGAAGUGUGGGGUGCUAGACAAUCUGACCAAGGUGCUAGUGGCACUCUACGAGGAGCCAGAGAAACCCAACGACGCCCUCUCAUUUAUCAAACAACACAUGACUGCCGGAGGCCCAGAGACUGCCGAUGUUGAGGCUUUGAGACUGGAGAAUGGUGAAUUGCAGAAGAAGAACGAGGAAUUGGAGCAGACAGUACAGGAACUCAAACAACAGCUGAGCAAAUACGAGGUGAAUCAGGAAACUGUUGAGGAUAACCCGGAAGCAGCUGCCUAAACUUCCACUCAUCCAACUUCUGAGGAGAAAGGAGACAAGUCACCGGACCAACAGUUGUCAUGAAAUAAAAUUGUCUACGAAAACUGAACUAGUCUAGUGCUCUAUGUCUGUAUGCUCUGUAAACUCAGUAGUUCCGAGCUGAUCGCUCACGACUCACAAAUGUUUACCACGUUAAACGAAUAUAUCAUUUGUAGUUCAGUUGCUAGUCUACGGCUAUGUGUACAUAUCUCCUCUGUAAAUUUAUGUCAAAUUUAGUAUAAUCAAUUAACGAGUUGAGUUUUUCA